AUGAAAUCUUUAAGCGAUAAUGAAGAUUCAUACGUGACACCCCCGAGAAAAAUUGCAAAAGUUAGUAACAAACACCGCCAACAAAAAUUCCGAGACGCUUGGCUUACGAAUGAGAAAUUCAAGCAAUGGCUUGUUAAGGUGCCAAAUGAUCACUAUAAAGCUAAGUGCCGUGCGUGUAACGUGGUAAUGAGUUCGGAGCUGACUGUUAUCAAAAACCACAUGGCAUCUAAAACUCAUCUACGUAAGGCUCUAGCAGCUCAGCCAACGAUUUCAACAUUUAUGGCGAAAACCGAUGAGACUGUUGCAAAAGCCAAUGCUACUCAAGCUCUCGAAAUAAAGUUGUGUGAUUUUGUGGCUGAACACAAUAUCUCCUUCACAACUUUGACUCAUCUGACGACACUAUUGAAAAGUGCUGUACCUGACUCUGAAAUCAUCAAAAAUAUGCAAUUAAAAGCAAUGAAAGGCACUGCAAUAAUAAAAAAUGUCGCUGCGGCCGAAAAAUAA